AUGACCAAAUUUAGGGUAUUUUAUGGAACUUUCGUAGAUACUCCGGCACUCGGCCAGCUUAGAAUUCGUGCCAGAACCAGCUUGGGUGUAAGUCCAGAUGGAACUAUCCAGUUUAUCAAGGCUGAAUCGCAAAACCCUCUACAGGAUGCUAUGGAUUUCGACAAGUCUCUGAAGCCAUGGGAAAUUUCUGUUAUUGACACUUUCCAGCAUCAAGGCUUCACUUUCUUCUUCCCGGGGUUCAUAGACACCCAUGUACAUGCGUCGCAGUACCCAAACGCUGGAAUUUUUGGGUCGUCGACCCUUCUAGACUGGCUCGAGACAUACACUUUUCCACUCGAAGCAGGUCUUAAAGACAUCGACCACGCCCGCAAGAUUUACAGCAGGGUCCUAGACAAAACUUUGGCUCACGGCACUACCACGGCAUCAUAUUACACCACCAUCGACGCAAAUUCCUCCAAUCUUAUGGCCGACAUCUGCGCGCAGAGAGGUCAGCGGGCGUUCAUUGGUAAAGUCUGUAUGGACCAAAACUCCCCUGAUUAUUACAUCGAGUCCUUGUCGGAUUGCCAACACUCUUUACAAAAAGUUGUGAAUUAUAUCAGAGAAGAGCUCAAAGACGACAAAAUCAAGCCAAUAGUAACGCCAAGAUUUGCUCCAACUUGCUCCAAAGAGCUAAUGACGUGGUUAGGUAAAAUCGCACACGAUCAAGAUCUACACAUCCAAACACAUUUAAGUGAAAACAAAAACGAGCUGAAAUGGGUCAAAGAGCUCUUUCCGGAAUGUGAAUCAUACUCAGAUGUUUACGACUCAUACAAUCUACUAACCAAUAAAACGGUGCUGGCUCACUGUAUACACUUGUCUGACAAGGAGAUAGAUUUAAUCAAAGAAAGGGAAUCUGGAGUAUCGCAUUGCCCGAUUUCGAACUCUUCUAUAACUUCAGGAGAGUGUGAAGUUCGUCGACUAUUGGAUCAUGGCAUCAAAGUAGGGUUAGGAACGGACCUUUCUGGCGGUUAUGAUGUAAGCAUAUUAGCCACAGCUAGACAGGCUUUAUUAGUUUCGAGACAUUUGGCUAUGAAGGAGGUAGACGCUAAGAAGCAAGAACACCUGAAGCUUUCGGUCAAUGACGUGCUUUACCUCUCGUCUCUGGGUGGUGCCCAAGUUUUGGCCAUGGACCAGCAAGUAGGCACAUUUGAAGUGGGCAAGCAAUUUGAUACGCAAUUGAUAGAUCUGGAAAGUGCAGGUUCCAGAGUGGAUGUCUUCGAUUGGCAAUACACAAAAUGGACCGAUGAAGGCCGUGACAUAGAGAAUACAAAACUCUUCGAAGAUCUGUUGGCAAAAUGGCUCUUUACAGGCGAUGACAGAAAUACAGUGAGGGUUUGGGUUGGUGGAAAACAGGUUUUCCCCGGCACCAAGUAA